UUCAAAUUCACAAAUUCACCAAGUACUCGGCCAGAUACUAGCUUAGUUUCCUUCUACCCCAAAAAUGACAACAAAAGUUUUCCAACUUUUCUUAUGCAUUUUCCUCAUCACAUUAGCCUUCCCUCUCCCCUCUCAUGCAAGGCCAUCGAAACCCAAGGCUGAAAACCCAACAUUCUUUGACUUUAUUAUGCAUUUGGAAGGAUGCCACAAAGGCCAGACAGUAAAAGGCCUCAAACAACUCAAGACAUAUCUUGAGGCAUUUGGUUAUCUGAACUACUCCCCUAACCAAGCCCAUGCCAACGACGACAAUUUUGACGAUGCCUUGGAGGCCGCCGUCAAAACAUACCAGCUCAAUUAUCAUCUGAAGACUACCGGAAUUUUAGAUGCCCAAACGGUGUCCAAAAUGACUGCCCCUCGAUGCGGGGUCCCUGACAUUGUUAACGGAACCAACUGGAUGCGAGCAGGCAAAAAAAAGCCCAAUCACACCCAUAACACUCUCCACACUGUCUCUCAUUUCUCUUUCUUUCCCGGUAACUUGAAAUGGCCCCCAACUAAGUACCAGCUCACUUAUGGGUUUCCUCCUGGAACCAACUUGGAUGCCAUGUCCGCCGUGGCCAGAGCAUUCAACACAUGGACUUCUGAAACUCAAUUUAUAUUCUCUGAGAGUCCAAACUUCGAGAGUGCGGAUCUUAAAAUUGGGUUCUACCGUGGUAACCAUGGGGACGGGGCACCAUUCUAUGGUGCUAAUGGGGUCCUAGCCCAUGCUUUUGCCCCAACUAAUGGGAGGUUUCACUACAACGCAGAUCAUUCAUUUUCCGUGGACCCGACCGCGGGCUCGUUUCAUUUGGAGACUGUGGCCUUGCAUGAAAUUGGGCACCUUCUUGGACUUGGACAUAGCGAUGUCCAAGAUGCUGUCAUGUGGCCUUCCAUUCCUGCAGCAACAACCAAAGGUUUGAAUGCCGAUGAUAUACAAGGAAUUAAAACUUUAUACAACCUUGAGGCGUGAAAUUAAUAAUACAUUGGCUAUGUUUUCAAUAAAAUGGUGAUCUAUGGACGCCAUAUAUAUAUAUGGAAGUAGAUAAAUUAUAGUUAUCCUCUAAAUAAAGGAAUUAAUAAA